AUGGCAAUGGGUCUUGUAAGGAAAUCCGAUAUUGCACAAUACUGGUCUACAAAGGAGUGUGUCAAUACUUCCUUUUUUGGAAAAUAUAUGACAAGGAACAGAUUCCAUCUGAUUUUAUCAAACCUUCAUAUUGUCGACAACAACCUUGCUGUUCCAGAAGGGCAACCCGGAUUCGACAAAUUGUUUAAAGUGCGGCCAUUCAUACAAAUGUUGCAUAAAAAUUUCCUUAAAUAUGAACCUGAAAGAGACAUUAACUUUGUUGAGGGACUCUGUCCAUUCAAGGGUAGAGUUCAUUACCGUGUAUACAACCCUAUGAAGCCAAACCAAUUUGGAAUUAAAUUGUACCAAGUUUGUGAGGCUAAGUCAGGCUACACCAUUGGCUUUGAUGUAUAUCAUGGUGAUAGAGAUGUCAUACAGUACACAGAAGCACUUGAAGAUGAAGAUACACAAGGUUCAUACAUAGACCUUAGCACUACAACCAAAAUUGUCAUUGGCAUGUUAGCGUUUUGUGGUUUACUUUCAAAAGGAUACCAUAUCUACAUGGAUAAUAACUAUACAUCGCCAGAGCUGAUGGAAGAACUGGACUUAUUGAACACGUAUGCUUGCGGCACACUUAGAAUAAACAGAAAGGGUGUUCCUAAAGCAAUUCAAUCCGUCAGAAAUCUUCGACAAGGGGAAGCAAUCUUUAGACGAAGAGGGAACAUGUUAGUUCUAAAAUAUCAUGAUAAAAAAGAUGUCAACAUGUUGACCACCAUUCAUACUGCCAAUUUAGCUGUUUUGGAAAGAGUAAAUCGCCAAACACAUGAGCCAAUCACCAAACCUACGCCAAUAGUGGAGUACUGCAAAAAGAUGGGAGGGGUUGACCUCUCGGAUCAAGUUGUGCAGUACUAUGAAGUUCUCCAGAAAUCUAUGAAAUGGUGGAGGAAGCUGUUUCUUCACAUGUUUAACUUGAUGAUUGUGAACAGCUUUAUCUUAUACAAAAUAUACUCAGAAGAUGAAAAGAAGAAGACACAUCAUGAUUUUCGAGCAGAAAUCAUAGCCUCACUCAUUCAGACUGCACCAAAUGCACCGCGGCCAAAAUCUGGUGGGCGGCAAACACUUGAACCAAUAGAUAGACUUACUGGACGGCACUUCUCGUGUGCAAUUGAACCAAAGCCUGGGGCUAAAAAACAGGCUCCAACCCGACCAUGUGUAGUUUGUAAUGUGGACAGGACAGAGGGAAGUAGGAAAAGGAAGGAGACAACAUUUCAGUGCAAGCAAUGCCAUAAAGCACUUUGUGUUAGAAACUGUUUCGAGAGGUAUCACACGGUCAAAAACUAUCGUGCACAAAAUGACCAAUGAAGUGACCAUGGU